AUGGUAGAGCAGAGAAGACAUGAGAGAUCUAGCCUCAGGGCUGGGCACUCCGGGAGUGUAGAACUCACCAUUCUCGCUCGAAGUGUCGAAGAGGCGUUCACGAAGCUUGGCUUCCCACCUGGCGGGCCAGCGUUAUCGAGAGCUCGCUUUGUGGCUAUCCUUGAGAAGCUGUGCGCCGAUACCAACAGCGCCAGAGUUGUUCGUUACGAUCUGUUCAAGGCGGAGGUGUGGCGAUUGACGAGAGAACAACAUCGCCUCAGUGAGGUCCGUCCCCUGCUGCCGUUCUCGGAGGCUGAGAUAGUAAAGUACCGAGAGGCUUUCGAGGACUGUGAUAAUGAGCACACUGGUCGUGUUAACCUCACUUAG